GUUAGAAAAUAAAUUUUUGUUAAGCCAAAGUCAGCCAGUGCAUUUCUCCGUUUGGCUUGGUGAGAGACAAUACAGGAAAUUCCUGGCAGAAAUGUAGAAGCCCAAAAUAUCGUGAAGGAGAAAACAACAGGAACAAAAUCCAGAGAUGGCAUGCCUUUGGAACUUGGUGACCGGGAUCAAAAAGGACAUAGAACACGUUUUCCAGAAUGAAGACCUCCCAAAGCCUGGAGAUAUGAUCCAAUUCCAGAUGUUUGGAUUUCAGCAUUGGGGUAUCUACGUAGGCGAGGAGGAAGUUGUACAUUUCACCUGGCCACCUGUGGAAGGGACUAAGUUCAAGGUCCGAAAAGAAAAAAUCAAGGAUGUCCAGGGAGUUCUGAAAAUCGCCGUGUGGAACAAAUUUGAUGAGAAAUAUCCCCCCUUGGAUCCUGUUUGUGUGGUGAAAAGAGCUCGGCAUAUGGAGAACAAGGUCCUCAGAUACAACCUUGCCAAGGCAAACUGUGAACACUUCGCCACCUUGAUGAGAUACGACAAGGCACUCUCUGAUCAGGCAGGAAGAUUUAACUUUACUGUAGAUCGGGAUUUCGAGGAGGAGAUCCGAAGCUACCUAGAUGAGGUUGACUGUGGGAGUGGUGAACCUCUCCAGAGGAAGACUCCUUGAGCCUCACUCAUGGGGAUCAAAUCUUGCUUACCUCACUC